AUGAGAACGAUACGAAUAUGGCGGAAUUUCAAUCAACUACUCAACAAGAAACGAUGUUUUCACUACUCCGCGGUCCGUCAUGACAUUAAGAGUCUGGAGGAGCUGCCCUCUCGCCUACAGCCUCAAUUCAAGCAAACAAGCAACCACGAUCUCCUGGCCUUAACAUGGCCAUCUCCGCCUCGGAACGUCCUCAUCGUGCCCAAACACAACGAUGCCGACGUCCAAUCCGCCGUGAUUGAAUACGCCAACCAUAUCCAUAAUGUCUACCCCGGAUCAUCCCUCAUAUUCGAGCCGACGAUCGCGAACCAACUCCACGAACGAUUCGACUUUCCCAUCUACGCCCCGCCGGACUCCUCCAGCAAUGCUCUCUACCAAGACAAAGUCGACCUAACCACCACCCUCGGCGGCGACGGCACAAUCCUGCACGCCGCCUCCCUCUUCGCCACUUCUCCAUCCGUCCCUCCCAUCUUGUCCUUUAGUAUGGGCACCCUAGGCUUCCUCGGUGAGUGGAAAUUCGCCGAAUACAAGCGCGCAUUCCGGGAAGUCUUCGUCUCAGGCGCACCUCCACCUAUCUCCUCCUCCGAACCUCCCACUUCUCCACCAUCACAAUGGGGCGAUGUCCGCGGCAAAUCCAUGGGCGCUUCUCGCAACUCUCGCAUCCUCCUCCGCAAUCGCCUCAGAAUUGGAAUCUUCGACUCCGCAACCGGGGAACGGCUCCCUCACGACCCUCCUUCGUCAUCUUCCAACUCGGACAUCUACGCUCUGAACGAAGUCCUCCUCCACCGCGGUGCUCUUCCUCAUCUCGCGCACAUCACCAUUCUAAUCGGCUCUCCACCCCAUCAACGCCCCCUCACGACCGCCAUUGCCGACGGCUUCCUGGUCUCCACACCGACCGGAUCAACAGCCUACUCCCUCUCCUCUGGCGGCUCAAUCGUGCACCCUCUCGUCUCCUCCCUGCUUCUUACACCCAUCUGUCCGCGCUCUCUAUCUUUCCGACCAUUAGUACUACCAGCUAACACACCCAUCACCCUACGAAUCGAGUCAAGUAAUCGUGGCAAGGAGAUCGAAGUUUCCGUGGACGGCAUCCGACGAGGGGAAGGAUUGAGGGAGGGCAUGGAAGUUCGAGUCGUUGGGGAGGAGGUGAGGCAAGAGGGUAAGGAGAGAGGCGAGAAGGACUGGCUGAGAGGGGUGCCGAGUAUUGUCAGGAGUGGAGGUGACGGAGCGAGUGGAGAUGAUCAUUGGGUGGGAGGAUUGAACAGUUUGUUGAAGUUCAACUAUCCAUUCGGAGAGGACGGAUGA